AGUGGGUUGGAUUGCCUCCUAACCUAUUGUUUAACUCUUUGUUUCGGUUCUGUAUUUUGUUGUUGGAUACAAUGUGUUCUCCAAAUUUCUUCAGUAGAAAUAGAUUGGUUACUCUGGCCUUUACGGGGUCUAUAGGUAUGACCUUGGUCAUCCUAGCCUGCGCGUUACCAGAUCCAACAGUGUGGUGGCCAUUUUUUGUCGUCUUGUUCUACGUGUUGGCACCCCUGCCUACAAUCCUGGCGAGACGGUACACCGAACACACUGGCUCAUCCAACAGCUCAAUUGAGUUGGCGAUCUUCAUCACCAUGGGGUUUGUUGUCUCAUCUUUUGCACUACCAAUGGUUUUGGCACGGUCGCCUGAACCCACGCCUACUAUAUCAUGGAAUGCCUGCUAUCUCACACUGCUAGGCAAUGUGAUUGUCUACAUGACGUACAUCGGGUUCUUUGUGACUCUUUACCAGGAGGACAGUGACUACAGUAUGUGGUGAUGUGACAAUUCUGUGAUCUGACUUCUAGUCCAUCAAUUACGACUAAAUACACCUUCGUUCCAUUCUUCUCAUAACUCUUGUGUUAUUGUCGUAAAGAAACAUCUCAUUUUAUAUGAACUUUUUAUUUGUAAGAUUAGAGAUAUUCGUUUGUAACUGUGAAAAAACGGAAAAAAGGUGUUCGGAAGAAUUUUAGAGGAGUUUAAUUUAAAUUUGGUUGUGCAGUUUAACAUUAUUUUAGUAUCACAUGUCUUUAUAUGAACCAGUUUCGCUAUGAUAACGUGGAACUUAUAUCUUAGUUGUAAUCUAUGUGCAUAGUGACAAAUUUCACCGAUAUUAGUAUUGUUAUUCUUUUCUAGUAUGUAUAUUUUAUUUAUUGUAUUAUUGAGAGCUUUUGUGAGUUUAAUAUAAUAAAUUAAUCAGGCGUUAAGUCUUUUUUUCUAUGUAUGGAUCUUAAUUUUAUGUAUCUUAAUUGUGUAUAUUUAGAAAUAAAGUUCCAUUUAC